AUGCUCAGCUACGAGAAUCCUUCACCGGCAGCCCCGUCAGCCUCUACAGCUGCGGAAACACUGGCGACAUCCUUAUCAUCGUCCGCAACAACUUCGACAGUACCAGGAUCUGCGCCUGACAAUAGCGUCUCUCAGUCAUCAAUGGCCAGCACAAUGAAAGCCACUGGCAGCUCAGCCUCUGCUGCCAACACCAGCGCGAGCGACCGCUCUGCUGCUCAUAUCUGGCUCGUGACGGGGCCUGCCGGGUGCGGCAAGAGCACGGUAGCCCAGCACUUGGCCACAAGCCUCGAGGUUCCCUACAUUGAGGGUGAUGAGUAUCACCCGCCUGCCAACAUUGAAAAGAUGAGCAACGGCAUCCCGCUGACGGACAUGGACCGCUGGGACUGGCUGAUCCUACUCCGAGACGAGGCGGUGCGGAGGCUGGGCGAAGGCGGCGGCAAAACCAACGGGGUAGUGGUGACAUGCUCGGCACUCAAGCGCAAGUACCGCGACGUCAUCCGCGUGGCCCGCUACUUUGAGCCCAGCGUUCACGUGCACUUCAUCUACCUGGCCGCCACCGAGGAGGCCCUCCUGGAGCGCGUCGCCCGCCGCCAGAACCAUUACAUGGGCGCCAACAUGGUCCGCAGCCAGUUCCAGGACCUCGAGCCGCCCAGGCCCGACGAGACAGACAUCAUCAGCAUCGACGUGAGCGGCACGCUCGACGAAGUCAAGACGUCGGCGCUGGAUAAGGUUAAGGAGGUCAUGGCGGGGGAUCAAUGA